CCCACGCAUCGGACGGCCUGACUAACAUCGACCCACUCCUCGAGCUCAUCCUUCCUUCCUCCCAUCCUCCCCACCUUCUCGUGUACAUCGUCACCAUGUCGGGAGCAGCAGCAUCCUCCGGCGCGUCGAAAUUCUCUGCGUUCUUGAACCACCCCGCAGGCCCGAAGACUGUGUUCUUCUGGGGACCAGUCAUGAAGUGGUGUCUUGUCGCCGCGGGUGUUAAGGACCUCUCCCGACCCGCUGAGAAGCUGAGUGUGUCGCAGAACGUCGCCUUGACGGCGACCGGGCUCAUCUGGGUGCGCUACUCUUUCGUCAUCACGCCCGUUAACUACAGUUUGGCAGCGGUCAACGCCUUCGUGGGCGCGUCAGGUCUCGGCCAGCUGGCACGCAUCUGGUACUAUGAAAAGACGGGCAAGGAUCCUGUUUUAGCAAAAUUCGGCGCGGCGCCCGCAGCUGAGUUCACGACACAGAAGACGGGUCCCACCACACAUGCCGCAUAGAGUUGGACGUCACGCGUCAUACGCUAGUGUCGCGCUGCCUUCGUAGCUCUCUAAUAUGCAAUCGUAUAUACGUUUUGGGUUAUCGGAUCUCUUAUCGCGUCGCGCCGCGUUGCGUAAGUCUGCGUCGUUUACGACGACGGUGCCGUGAACAACCUGUCCCGACUUACAUGCAAAAGCAGUACAAGACAGUGUUACAAAUACAGAACAUAGCAAGAAACAUCGAUUGGGCUGAACGUGACACAGGUCAUUGUAGUCGGAUGCGAUACUGCCAGUCUGACCGCAUGCCAUUAGCCUUCCUCACAGAUACCGUGCUGGAUCAAACCCUUACCGUCUACGCGUCACGGGGUAGGC